AUGGCAACUUCCUGCUUCAACCAAUCACCAGCAGCAGCAGCAGGAGCAGCAUCAGGAGCAGCAGCAGACGAGCAGUCAGCAGCAGCUAAGGCGGUGAGAGCAGCCAAGACAGAGGUGAAGAGGCUGUUAAAGACGCGACGGCAGGACCUGGGUCUGUGGGCCGCCUAUGCCCGGCUGGAGGCAGAGUGUGGGAACCUGGAUGCUUCCAGGAAGGUUCUGGACACGGCACUGGCGUCCGUUGCUGCUCUCCCCAAGGUAUGUUCUCUCUCCCGAAGCAGCACCAACUCAUAUGGUGCCUGCAGCAAAGGGACGGGUGAAGAGGCGGAGGUGAAGAGGCUGUUAAAGACGAGGCGGCAGGACCUGGGUCUGUGGGCCGCCUAUGCCCUGCUCGAGGCGGAGUGUGGGAACUUAGAUGCUUCCAGGAAGGUUCUCGACACGGCACUGGCUUCUGUUGCUGCUCUUCCCAUGUCCGCAGCUGAAGCCACGCCUCUCCUUGUGCUCGCAUACACGCACAUCGAGCUAUCGCCAACCAAUCGCUCCGCCAACCAACACCAGCGUCCACGGCAGCAGCAAGGGCGGCAGCAGAGCAGCAAGGGGCGUCUGCACUGGUCUAUCAACAAUCACUGGUGUUCCCUCCACACUCUCGCCUCUUUCGCCGCAUCUGCCCCUUUUUCUGCCCCCCCGCCACUCCCUCCGCAACUCGACCCAUCUGUUUUGAAAGAGAGCGGGCAAAUUACCAGCCCCUCCUCCUCUUGGGCAGCUUGUAAAUAUUUUCCUCAAGCUGCCCUGAUACGCGCACGGGCAGGUUUCCACUUGAAGCUGCAAGAAGCAAAGAAAGUCAUUGCGGCUUCAGCUGCUGCCACCGCCGCCGCCGCUGCUUCAGCAGCUCUCCCCAGUUCCUCCACCAACCCCCCUUCUGCCAACCAUGGUGCUGCCUCUACCACACCUUGGAGCAACGGUGCCAUUGGCAGCGCUAGCAGCAGUGGCAGCACAUAUGCCGGGGGGCCCACACAGGAGGAGAGCAACAGGGCAACGGCAGCGGUGGCUGUGGUGCUGUGUGCGAGUCUGUUUGAGCUCCUGGCCGCGCCAUCCCUCCCUGAAGGGGUUGCAGGCGCUGCUGCAGUGAUGGAUGGGUGUACUGCUGCUGUGCUGCCGGGCUGCCGUGCCUGCUGUCUCCCACUAGAGAUGCUGUUUGAGAGAUAUGCCUCGCUGCUGCUGCACGCCCUGCCAGCCAUCCCGCCACAGCAGGUGCGGAGAGUGGUGCUGCAGGGUUUGAAGGAGUUCCCCAGCAACACGCACCUCCUGGGAACCUUCCUGCGGCUGGAGUCACGCAGUGCAUUCACCAACAGCAUCCGGCGCUUCUUUGACCAAACCACCGCCAGGCUGUCCCACCCCUCACCACUCCUCUGGCUGCUCAGUCUCCUGGUUGAGGUGGCACGGCCAGGGGCCCGUCCACGUGUGCGCGGCUUACUGGAGCGGGCGCUCGCCAGCUCAGCGCAGGGGAGUGGGCAAUGCGUGCUGAUGUGGCGGCUGUACAUUGGCUAUGAGCUCCACAUCAGCCAGAAUGCUGAUGCUGCUCGGAGAGUUUUCUUCAGAGCCAUUCACACAUGCCCCUGGUCCAAAGCGUUGUGGUUAGAUGCUUUUACGCAGCUCCAUGGGGUUAUCAAAGGAGAGGAGCUGAACGAGCUUGCCAACAUGAUGAGGGACAAAGAGUUGCGGCUGCGCACUGAUGUCUACGAGAUCUUGCUUCAAGACGCUCAAUAA